AUGCUUUCUACACGUGGCCGCAAUUAUGCGGCUUUGGAUCUGGCUGCAAGCUACACGAAAGAUCGUGAUCUUCCCUACGACAAGACGAAACAUCCAGCAGGUCUAGUGUCUUUCAGAAAUGCGGAGAACUGCGUUCCUUCAUUUAAACUCGACACCUUGACCUAUCAUGACGGCCCGUUUGGCUCUAAACGCUUACGACAAGCAAUGGCUACCUUCAUCAACAAGCGCUUCUUGCCCGCAUCAGCUGUGGUGAUGGAUCAAGUAUCCUUUGUUGGCGGUGUGACGGCGUUGAACGACAUCUUGUCACUAUGUCUGACAGAUGGAGAGAAUGAAGGUUUGCUCCUUGGCAUGCCGAUAUACGGUUCUUUCAACCCAGAUAUGCGAAGCAUGUCGAACUGCAAGUUGGUUUAUACCCCAUUCCAUGGCGUAGAUCAGUUCAUUACCGGAGCGGUCGAAUGUUACGAACGCGCCCUUGAAGAAGCGGGCCGAAACGGAAUUGACGUAAAAGCACUUGUCAUUUCCAACCCGCAUAAUCCUCUUGGGCAGUGCUAUACCAAUGAAGCUCUCGAGGCCAUACUACGCUUCUGUGCAAAGCAUGAGAUACAUCUCAUCAGCGAUGAAAUCUAUGCUCAGUCAGUGUAUCGAACGGAUAUGUCUCAUCCAGGCUUUACAUCAGUACUCUCUGUUGCCAAGACCGGUAUCAUCGAUGAUACGCUCGUCCAUGUGAUGUACGGGAUGUCGAAGGACUUCGCCGCUGCCGGUCUGAGACUAGGAUGUCUGGUCACAAGAAACGAAGAAUUGGGUCAAGCUGUGCAGUCUCUAGCGCGUUUCCAUGGCGCAUCACCAGUGACUGAUGCUAUAGCCACCACUAUACUUGAGGACGAAGAGUGGCACGACCCGUUUCUAGCCGAGAGUGCCAGGGUGCUGGGUGAACACCAAGAGCUUGUCACCAAGGGACUUGACGAAGCUGGGAUUCGCUAUAACAAGCAAGCUAACGCUGGAUUCUUCCUCUGGAUCGAUCUCUCGGCGUGUUUACGGAGCUCGACGUGGCAGGGUGAGGAUGAACUGAGACAGGCGCUGUAUGAUCAUGGCGUAGAGAUGUCGGCCGGCCACGCAUAUCAUGAUGAAAAGCCAGGCAACUUCCGCUUCCUUUUCUCAAUGGGAAGAGAUACUUUGGAAGAAGGUCUGAGGAGGGUUAUUGGCUUCUAUGAGACUCGUAGGCUAGACCGGGCUUGAUCAGGGCUAGCAAACAAGCAAUCAUGAUGCACGGGAUAAAUUGGCUCGGGACUGGAGUAGUAAAAUGUCAAUGCGAGAACUUUGGACAAUGUGCCUGAUGUGACGUGAGACGCUCGUGAC